AUGAGUAGCACUAAAAAAUUAGAAUCUUCAGAAAGUGUAGCCCAAAAAGACUUAGGGUUAGAUAUAAAUUCAGUCAUUCAUCAAAAAUGUAAAAAUGAAGAUUCUUCGUUCUGUUCGCUUAAAGAGGGUGAAUUAAAGAGGACAUUCUCUGUUUGGUCUAUUUUGGGUAUUGGGUUUGGGUUGACUAAUUCUUGGUGGGGCGUAUCAGCAGGACUCGUAGCAGGUAUUCAAUCGGGAGGACCUAUGAUGAUUGUGUACGGGGUAAUAAUUAUUGCAUGUGUAUCAAGUUGUGUUGGCAUUACAUUAUCAGAAAUGUCAUCGGCAAUUCCUUCUGCAGGUGGUCAGUAUGUGUGGACAAAAGUAUUGUCACCAAAAAAAUAUUCCGGUUUUCUUGCUUACUUAUGUGGAUCAUUCGCUUGGGCCGGUGCUGAGUUCAUGAGUACUUCUAUUACUCUCAGUAUUGCUGAAGAGAUUAUGGCUUUCUGGGUUUUGAUGCAUCCAAAUUUCAAGAUUCAAAAAUGGCAUAACUUUUUGAUUUUUCAGCUUAUGAACGUCUUUUUAUUUAUUUUCAACUGCCACGGUAGGUUUUUACCAACGUUUGCUAAAAGUGCAAUCUACAUAUCUUUAUUUUCGUUUAUAGUCACCGGGAUUACUGUAGUAGUAUGUGCUAAAGGUCAUUAUCAACCUGCCCGUUCUGUUUUUGCUGAAUUUAAUAACAAUACGGGAUGGUCCAAUUCUGGCAUAGCUUUUAUUAUGGGCUUAAUAAAUCCUAAUUGGGCCUUUGGAUGUUUAGACUGCGCUACUCAUUUAGCAGAAGAGGUCUAUAAUCCAGCGAGAGACAUUCCAAUUGCAAUUUUGGGUACCGUUGCGAUCGGAUUUGUUACUUCAUUUUGUUACUGUAUUGCAAUGUUUUUUUCAAUUCAAAAUUUUAGCGACAUUUUGAAUUCAACUACGGGCUAUCCUCUCUUUGACAUUUACUAUCAGGCAUUGAAUAACAGAGCCGGUACAAUUUGUCUAGGAUUUUUAGUGUUUCUUACUGCUAUUUUUUGUAUGAUUUCUUGUCAUACAUGGCAAGCAAGAUUAUGUUGGUCUUUUAGCAGAGAUAAUGGUUUUCCAUUUUCGAAAUAUUUAUCAUUGAUUCAUCCUAUGACAGGUGUUCCAUUAAAUGCUCAUCUAUUUUCCUGCCUUUGGGUUGCUGUUCUAGGCUGCUUAUAUAUGGCUUCGGAUGCUGCAUUUAAUUCUAUGGUAACAGGUAGCAUUAUUUUCAUGUAUCUAAGUUAUGCAGUUCCAACUUUGUGUUUAUUGUAUAGAGGACGUGAUAAAAUCAAGCAUGGUCCUUUUUGGAUGGGUAAAAUAGGUUUUGUUUCUAAUAUUGUCACCUGUUUAUGGACACUUUUUGCACUUGUAUUUUAUUCAUUUCCGUCUUACAUGCCGGUUACUGGUGGUAACAUGAAUUAUGUUAGUGUUGUUAUUUUUGUUUUUCUUAUUUGGACGAUAUUUUAUUGGUGGGUUCCUUUGAAAGGGUCCUCUUGUAGAGAUAACUUUGCAGGUGGUAAAGGUAACAGUGAGAAGGAUGAGUUUUCAGAUGUUUGCUUAGAGGAUUAG